UGGUGAUUUUCAGGUGCUGAAGGCACCAUCAAUUCCAUGCGCCUGGUGGAGGGUGAGAGCCGGUGUGACGGGCGGCUGGAGGAGGCCAUAACCACCCCAGCCUGGCGCCGUGUGCCUGUGGAGCAGUGGAAGAGAUGGGAUGUCGACAUGGUGUGUGCUGUGCUGGGUUGUGGCCUGCCAAAGGAGAUCUACACAGCCUUGGGUAUGGCACCCACUGCACUGACCAGCAGCUCCAGGGAGGUGGAUGUCGUGACGGAGGAGAUGGAUGUCGUGACGGAGGAGAUGUACGACAUCUCGGGGAUGGGCCCUGAGCUGACCAGGAGCCUCGAGGAGACGGAGGACAUGCCAGAGGAGAUCUCCCAUGUCUUAGGGAUGGGCCCUGCACCAAGCAGCAGCCCUGAGGAGAUGGUCAUCGUCUGCUCAGGUGGGUGUCCCGAGAAGGGCCGGGGUGCUGGUGCCCCGAGCAGCCCCCAGCCCGGUCCUUCCGUGCCCGCAGGCAGCCGGCGGGUGAGGCUGGCGGGCGGUGCCGGGCGCUGCGCCGGGGGGGUGGAGGUCUAUGCCGGUGGCACCUGGAGCAGCGUGUGCCAGGAGCGCUGGGACCUGCGGGCCGCCGCCGUUGUGUGCCGGGAGCUGGGCUGUGGCGCGGCACUGGAGGCCCCCGGCUCGGCGCGCUUCGGCCCCGGGCCGGGGACAGCGUGGCCGUACGUGGUUGAGUGCGCCGGGAGCGAGGAGUCUCUCUGGGAAUGCCCACGCUCGGAAGGGCGCGAGUGCGAGCGCGGGGCCGGGGCCGGGGCCGUCUGCUCAGCUGUCCCCAGCAGCAGCGGCCCUGCGGUGGCCAGGGGGACUGUGCCGGUGCCAAGCGGGCAGGUGGCCAGGGGGACUGUGCCGGUGGCGGUGGUGCUGUGCGUGGUCCUGGGGACGCUGCUGUGCCUGGCCCUGGGCGCCCUGGCCGUGCUGAUGUGCCGUGCCCGCGCUUGGCGCCGAGGCCCCGGCAGAGCCGUGGGUGCCAUCCCCGACGCCAUCUACGAGGAGCUGGACUACAGCGCGAUGCCGGAGUACCAGGAGGUGCCCAGUCGCCCAGGUUCCCCGCGGGAGGGCUCAGUGAAGAAGCUGCUGUAUUACACCGGGGACAGCGUGGAGGGGAGUGACACCGGGGCAGCCCCAGUCCCAGCCCCCCCUGCCCUGCCUGGGCAUGGAACCCCAGACGGCUACGAUGAUGCCAUGGCUGGAACCUCGGAUGGCUACGACGAUGCCACAGCUGGAACCCUGGAUGGCUACGAUGAUGCCAUGGCUGGAACCCUGGAUGGCUACGACGAUGCCAUGGCUGUGCCAGAGGAGUCCCCCACUCCCAGCACUGGGGACAUCUCCGAGGGGGUGGCACAGAGAGGCUGGAUCUGUGUCCCAUCCACAGGUGGGAGCUGCCCCACUCCAAGUCCCCCCGGAGCCACAAGGGACCCCCCGGGACAGCCCCCGGGGCACACGGACUGUGAUGAUGUCGGCGCCGGCAUCCUGGGGAUGUCGCAGUGA